UCUGCCAUAGUGGGUUCCCAUGAUGGUGGAUACACAGCAGCAAGAAUGGCCUAAUCGCAGAUUGGAGAUAUUGGUUCCCACGACCAUACUUUGCGUACUCAGUACCCUGGUCUUAGUAUGGAGAGUAGUGUAUGGGUUGAAGAACAAGCGGAAGUUGCUGGUGUGCGAUUAUCUUUUGAUCAUCGCAGCUAUGAUGAACAUCACGACCAACGGCCUCCGCUUCAAAACCACACACCACGGUCAAGGCCGUCACAUCAAGGAUCCAUCCAUCUCCAAACCUCACGACCUCCUACAGUACAGCUACUAUCUCUGGAUUGGCCAAGUCAUCAAUCUGAUGGCAGUCGCAGUGCUGAAGUUCUCCGUCUGCGCAUACCUUCUUGCCCUAAAAUUCUCUCGCCUUUACUUGGGAAUAAUAUGGACAUCGAUACUCAUGGUCACUGUAUUCAAUCUCACCAUACCGAUCAUGAGCGUGUUUUGCCGCGUCCCAUUCGAGGCGAAUUGGAACAAGGGCAUCAAAGGGAAAUGCUUUAUGAAAGUGCCAGGGCUCGGUAUUGCUUACUCACAGGGAAUAUCCAACAUCCUCACAGACGUAGUCUACGUCGUAGCACCCCUCAUCUACCUAAACACUAUUCGGCUAGCACGACGCACACAAUGGGGUCUACGAGUCGUAUUCUGCCUGGGUUUAGUGUAA